AUGGAGCAAAGACCCAUCAAGCCCGUCGCUGCCGGGAACGAAGAGUCAGCAGCGGCUGACAUCAACGUCACUGAAGUCGACAAUGAUGCCUUCAAUCCGCUCCGGAUUCCCGCGAAGUACAAAUGGACGGCACUUUUUCUCGUUAUCACUCUUCCGAUAGGACACACCUGGACAGGCUCAGCAUUGGGUCCUCUGAAAAACACCCUGCGAGAAGAACUCGGCAUCAACAAUACGCAAUUCGGUGUCAUAAGCAGCGCAGAUGCUUUUGUGAAUACCAUCUUCCCCAUUGUUGGGGGCUUGAUCCUGGACUGGUGGGGGCCCAACAUCGUCGCGCUGUGCUGUACAAGUGUCAUUCUUGUCGGUUCUAUUGUUGCUGCUGUUGGUGUUCAAAUUGGGCUUUGGAGGCUGCUUGUCUCUGGGCAUGUCCUCAUGGGAUUCGGCAUUGCGGUUCUUGACUCGGCGACGCAAAAGUUCUUCUACCACUGGUUUGGUGCUUCUGGCCUGGCCUUGGCCUUUGGGCUCGAAAGUGCUAUUUCCAGCACCGUCGGCCUCGUUUCAGGCAUGGUGGCCAUUCCGAUCCGAGACCAAACUGGGUGGUACGGAUGGACCUUCUGGAUUCCCGUUGUUUUCUGUGGAUUGUCUCUGAUUAUGAACGCGGCCUAUGUUUGCUUUGAGCGUCUCGUGGUUCCUGUCGAGUACAGGUUGACCCCAGGUCGCGACGCAGCAAUCACCGAGAAGCACCUCAUCACCAAGCGCAAUUUCUCCUGGAGGCUCCUACUUGAUCUACCUUGGGCAUACCUCAUGCUGCCGGCGACUCAGUUGCUUCAGAGCGGUGCUGCUGGUGGAUUCAGCACUAGUUCAGCCGACAUCAUAUUCCUCAAGGGGUACACAGAGGAAGUUGCAGGCUAUCUCUCCACAGCACAGCGAAUUCUUCCAAUUGUCCUUAGCCCUGUGCUUGGUUUGGCUAUCGAUAAGUACGGCCAUCGAUUCCACUACGUCGCGGCGGCUCCUGUUCUAUGGAUUACCGCCUGCUCACUCCUGGGCUUUACCAACGUCCACCCGACCGCCGCCCUCGUCUUCUCCAGCUUAGCAGGGGUUAUCAACUCAAUGCCACUGCAGAUUUGUAUACCGCUACUGGUAGCCGACCAAGCCAAGAUUGGUACUGCUUUCGGAGUUUGGAGGGCUUUCAAUAACUCCGGAUCGACUAUUAUGGAUGUUGUGUUUGGCGUUCUGCAAGAUGGCACCGAGAACAACGGUUAUUACAAAGUUCUACUAGUGGCAAUCGGGAUCAAAGCUUGGGCUUUUUUGCUUGGAGUGUCGUACAUCAUCGUCGACUACAAGUUACUUGGGAAGGGCAUGACUAUGACCCGCCUCCAACGUGAGGCAAAGGAGGCCACGAUUGAAGAUCGGGAAGCAGACCCUCUGACUCGCAGGAAUUCCAGUCCGUGGUUCACUGCCUUGACUUUCGGUCUCUUGGUUGGUAUUAUCGCGAGUGCAUGGGUAGUUUUCCUCAAAUACUUGAUUUGA